AUGCCCAAAGUCUUUCUGGUGAAGAGGAGGAGCCCGGGAGUCUCGGUCCGCAGCUGGGAUGAGCUCCCGGAUGACAAAAGGGCAGACACCUACAUCCCAGUGAGCCUGGGCUGUCUGCUCCCCGACCCCCCCGAGGACUGUCGCAGCGACGGCGGCAGUAGCAGCGGUUGCAGCAGCAGCAGCAGUAGCAGCGCCGGGGAGCCCGGAGGCACCGAGAGCAGCUCGUCCCCGCGCGCGCCGGAGCCUGAAACUCCAGAGCUCCACGACGCCGAAGGCCCCGAUGGACACCUGGCAGCGAUGCAGCGCCCGGUUGCCAGGUCAAAAAUCAAGUUUACCACAGGCCUGUGCAAUGACUCCGUGAUUCACAACUGUGACCUGUGUGGCAAGAGCUUCCGCCUGCAGCGCAUGCUCAACCGUCACCUCAAGUGCCACAACCAGGUAAAAAGGCACCUGUGCACCUUCUGUGGCAAGGGCUUCAACGAUACCUUCGACCUAAAGAGGCACGUUCGCACACAUACAGGCAUCCGCCCCUACAAAUGUGAUGUGUGUUACAAAGCCUUCACCCAGCGGUGCUCCUUGGAGUCCCACCUGAAGAAGAUCCACGGCGUGCAGCAGCAGUACGCCUACAAGCAGCGUCGGGACAAACUCUAUGUGUGUGAGGAUUGCGGCUACACGGGCCCCACCCAGGAGGACCUGUAUCUGCACGUGAACAGUGCCCAUCCGGGUAGCACGUUUCUCAAAAAGACUUCCAAAAAGUUGGCGGCCCUUCUGCAGAACAAGAUGACGUCCCCGCUACAGGAGAAUUCUGCCCUGAGUGAGGAGGAGGAGAAAAAGUGAAGAGCAAGAGAAAGUGGAGGAGAGACGCCGGUGCCACGUUUACUCGGACUUUCAGUUCUGAGGUGUAGCUCUCCUCUGCCACGCCGGUUCUUUUUAGUGACAAAUACUCAGUCCACCUCUCUUUUCUUUUGGGACAUCGAUGGUAAGAUGCUUGCCAAAGUUGUCAAUCAUUCUGCCACAACAGGCCCUGUACCAUGUGUCUGUUUUCUUGGUGGCUGAGAUCAUGUACGGGUUCUUUUGUGUGUGUGUGUGUGUGUUAUGUGUAUUUUUUUUUUUCUAAUGGAAUUCUCAGACAUGAAUAGAGGGGUGUUCUUAAAGAGACCAUCAUCUUAUGGUGCCUUGAAAUGCUAC